UCACUCUCUCUCUCUUUUAUCGCCGCGGCGUCUCGCCGUCGCCGUCGCCGUCGCCGUCGUACGCAGCACUCCGCCGCUCGCGGUGCCGCUCGCUGUUCUCCCCUCCAGCUCGGAGUAUACAAUUUAUAGGAGGGGCAUUAUGUUCUAUCUUAGUCUAAUCGAGCACACGCUGCGGUUACCUCCCCAUCUGCUCAGCCUAUCCCAAGAUAAAGCUGUUAGACAUGAGCUUGAGAACCUUUUCUUAGAUAAGGUUAUUGCAAAUUUGGGCCUUUGCAUUUCUCUCUAUGAUAUCAGAAGAAUUGAUGGUGGCUUUAUCUUUCCAGGAGAUGGUGCACCUACUUACACGGUGGAAUGCAGACUGAUAGUGUUCCGUCCAUUUAUUGGGGAAAUAAUUGAUGCGAAACUCAAAGAAUUUGAUAAAGACGGUUUGCGCUUAUCUAUGGGAUUUUUUGAUGAUAUUUACAUACCCUUUCAUCUCUUGCCAUACCCAUCCCGUUUCGAACCUGACUCAGAAAAUGGGAACCGGUUUAGAUGGAUAUGGGAAUAUCGUGAUGCAAAUGAGGAAAACGGAGCUGAUCAGACAUCGGGCACAGUAUUAUAUCCUAUUGAUGAGAUUGGCGAGACUAUCAGAUUCAGAGUUCAGAGUGUAAAUUAUCCUUCAAUUCCACUGGAACAACCAAAAGAUGCGAAGCCAUUUGCUCCUAUGGUGAUUACUGGAUCGCUUGAUAAUGAUGGUUUGGGUCCCCUUUCAUGGUGGGAAUGAUGAAUAUGUGUUUGGGUUGGUAAGGCAGAUCUGUCAAUAACAGGAUUGACUGUGUUCGCUACAGAACGAGUACUUAGCUAUAGCAUCUCCUGUAUAUGUUCCUUAUUUCUUUAUUAUGUGUAUUAAAUGACAAGUUAAUUGAAGUCAUAUGUGCCAAAGUCUUAUCAGUCUUCCGUUUUGGUGGUCAUAGGCACCUUCUGGUGUAAUGAUCUCUGGGCUGUGACAUAAGUGUCUGUCGUGUCAGUAUUGACUGUGGAGAGGAACUAUAGGAGGAAUGCUACGGUUUAAUGCAUAGGCUAGCAUCGGACUUGGUCAUGUAUAUUUGGUGUCCUGGGUUGAAUGCCAUUGCCUUCAUUGAUUUUUCUUC